AAAUUCAGUAACGUUCUCGACGUGUGCGAAUCGUGUCACGCGCGUUCUGCCGACGUCCCCGCCCGCCCACCAGCCUGCCUGCCGCAAACGCCUAGCACCGGUUAAAUUCGAUCAGUUAUCUAUGUUAUAAUAAUUGUUAUCGUAUUAUAUCGUACCGUAAUUGUUGAUAUUUAUUAAUAUUAUAUCGCAUAUAUUCGUCUGCGUCGCCCAGGAGCCGUAAACAGAGAUGACCAACGACAUGGAAGUCGGCAAUAAAUCAUUUCAUCUCCGGUGGAAUAAUCAUUUGGAAAAUUUACGCGCACUGUUCGAGUGUCUGUUUAACGAACAAAUUCUCGUCGAUGUAACAAUUGCUUGCCAAGAUGGCCUAUUGAGGGCGCAUAAGCUAAUCUUGUCUGCGUGUAGUCCAUACUUUGAGACGAUUUUUCAAGAGAAUCCUUGUAAACAUCCUACGGUGAUAAUGAGAGGUGUUACUUUACAUGAGAUGCAGAGCCUGUGCCAGUAUAUGUACGUGGGUUCUGUUGAAGUCCAAGAGAGCGCUUUGAGUUCUCUUUUAAAAGUCGCUAGAGAGUUGCAAAUCAAAGGUUUGUCAGAGAAAACUGUAUCCAACGAUCAAUCGAAACAUAAGCCGACCUUCAAUUAUACACCAAUUAAAUCUGAACCUUCUGAUCCAGAUGCCAGUAAUAAGUUUGAAAUGACAAAUGGUAGUACCAGCUCAAUUGACACCGAUUCCAGGACAUUCCAAGUACCUUGUGAGGACGAUUCAUCAGAUAAUAAUACAUCUUUCGAGCACUCAGCUAUGUUAAGUCCUCAAGUGAUGAUGGACGAACAUACGGACGAAAACAAACCCACAAUACUAUCGCAACCCAAGUAUCAGCCGACCCAAGUAGAUUUUCAAGCCUUUAUGGAGGCCCAAAACAAAGUUAACCUCACUGGGUCUGUCGAGUGCCCGACGUGCCAACGAACGUUCCUGAACAAACAAAAUCUUAGGCGUCACAUGCAAACCCAUUCCGGACUGAAACCCCAUCAGUGCUCAUUCUGCAAUCUGUCAUUUUUGAGACUAUCACAUUUACAACGUCACCACAGGACGCAUACAGGAGAACGACCAUUCAUGUGCACAGAGUGUCCAAAGAGUUUCUCGAGGUCAGACAAGUUAAGAUAUCACAUUAUGCAGCAGCACGCUAGCAUGGCUCACCUUCCUGGACCCAAGCAGAGAGGUAGACCGAAAAAGUUUGAUUCGCCACCCAGCAACGUAGAUGUCACAAUGGUGGCAAACAUUCAAAAUUUUGAAGAACAAUGUGUACCUACGCCUGUUCAGGAGUUACAAGAGCCAUUGAACUUGGCUCAUUAG